AACAGGUAGAAGUUCGAUUUUGACAACCUCAUCACUCUGCCACAAGAUGACCGACCCCCAAGCCCGCCUCCAAGCAGCCGUAACAACGUGCAUGGACAAACUAGACCGCGCCUACAUACGAAAGCUGAGCAAAAAUGCUUACUCCUGCAUGGCGGCGUGCCACGAUCAUAGCUCGUACACUUCUCAAGACGUCCAACAAUGUGUUGGGGCUUGUUCGACGGGACUCCAGGAAAUUAAUGCUUUAAUCUCAAACGAACUCCAGUACUUUCAAAAUCGAUUGCAGCGUUGCCAGCAGUCUUGCGAGGAUGAAGUCCGAGAUACUCAAGCGAAAGCGGGUGGGGGCAAACCUGAUCCCUCUCAGCAAGCGAAGCUCCAAGGUAUAUACGAUAAAUGUGUGGGGAAAUGCGUGGACACUCACCUGCCAUUAGUGAACGCUAUGGAGGCAAAGCUGGCAGGAGAGUGCAAGAAGCGCUUGUAAUUCAUGGAUACGAAGGGUCGUGUUGGAAUGGAGUUUAUGAAGCAUUGAAGGGCAAGCGAGCCCAUAAGUAAAUGCUAAAAAUGCAAAGAAAUCAAAAGCAGAAAGUCUAAA